ACCCUCUUCCCCUUCUGCCUUCCUACAAAACAAGGAGCACACCAAGACCUUCAAAUUACACACACAGAGGGAGAGAAAGAAGGAGAGAUACACACAGGAGAGGGAGAGAGAAUAUGGGAGAAACACUUGGAAAUCGUAUUAGGUUGAGCGAAGAAAUCGUGAACAGGGCUGCUUCUCAAGCCAUGAGAGCUCACAAUUCCGCUGGCAGGCCAUUUCUUCUCGACAAAACCCGUGGCUUUGCUAUUUUUGCGUUUGCUGGAUCUUGGCUUCCCGAUGAUUGGUUUACGCACCCACCUUUUGGAGAAACAAAGAUGGAUGCUAGUACCUUUCCUUCUCUUCGAAGUGUGGGCAACGAUGAAGUCGCUGUGGUCAACGCCUCCUUCCUCCGGCGAUUCAAAGCCAUCUUAGAUCAGCUAUCACUUGAGAGAGAGGUGCAAAAAGUAAUUGCAGAUAGGAGGCAAGUUGUUUUUACUGGCCACUCCUGGGGUGGUGCAAUGGCCAUCCUGGCAACUCUAUACUUCUUGGAGAAGGCAGGGCCCAAUCAGAACCCACCCCGCUGCAUCACUUUCGGAUCCCCCCUUGUAGGUGAUCGGAUCUUCGGUCAUGCUGUCAGGCGGGAGAAAUGGUCCGACCACUUCAUCCAUUUUGUAAUGAGAUUUGAUGUUAUCCCUCGUAUUAUGCUUGGCCCUGCAUCCACUGAGCACCAACAAAUUCUCAAUUUCUUCAAUCCCAGAUCUCAAUUUUACAGGGAACCCCUUGAUCCUCCUUUAGGUUUCUAUCUCAACGUGAUGAGAAGUGCUUCCUCGGUUGCAAUCCAUGAUGCCUGCAUUCUCAUGGGAUGCACAAACCCGUUACUGGAAACUCUAAGGAACUUCACUGAGCUCAGCCCUUACAGACCUUUCGGAACUUACAUUUUCUGCACUGGAAAUGGAAAAUUGGUCGUCUUAAAGAACCCGGAUGCAGUUCUGCAGAUACUGUUUUACUGUGCUCAGUUGAGCCAAGAAGAAGCUGCAGAGAUUGCACAAAGAAGCCUACAUGAACAUUUGGCCUACGAAAAUGAACUACAGGAGAGCUUAGGAAUGCAGAAUGUAGUUUAUUUAGAUAGUCUGGAAGACCUUCCAUUGUCUUCCAAUGGCGGUCCAGCCACAGUUAACAUUGCCUUGAAUGACCUCGGCCUGAGCCCACAAGCCAGGUUAUGCCUUCGAGCUGCAGGAGGGUUUGAGAACCGAAGGUUAAGAAACCAGGUUAAGAUUGAUGAUAAUAAGCAAAAGAUUAAUGACGAAUUAAGAAAGCUGAAAGACUACCAAGAAAAGGCCGAGACUCGCAAACUGGGUUACUACGACGCCUUCAAGCACCAAGAAGAAAAAGCUGACUUCGAUGCUAAUGUGAGCAGGCUUGUGCUAGCUGGUAUCUGGGAUGAGAUCAUUGAAAUGUUGAGAAGGUGCGAACUUCCAGAUGAAUUUGAGAACAGGAAAGAGUUAAUAGAACUUGCAACCAUAUAUCGCCGCAUAGUUGAGCCUCUAGAUAUUGCCAACUACUAUCGACACUUGAAGAAUGAAGACACAGGAACCUACGUGACAAGGGGGAGACCAAAACGAUAUAGAUACACCCAAAGAUGGCUCGAGCAUGCUGAAAAUAAGCCACCUGGAUCCAGGUCAGAAUCCUGUUUCUGGGCUGAGCUAGAGGAGCUCUGCAUUCAAACUAGCGGCAACGGAUCCCUUCAAGACACUAAGCAGAAGAUUCAGCAACUACAGAAAAAUUUAAUUGAAUGGAUUCAUGAAGGCUCUUUAGGAAAGGAUGUGUUGUUGGAGGAUUCCACAUUUGUUAAAUGGUGGAAAACCCUCCCUUUCGAGUAUAAAUCAGACCCUGAAUCAUCUAGAAUUGCGAAUCUCAUCCAUGGGUAAGAUUGAGGGGGCUUUAUAUUAUCUGAAGGCAUUUGUGCAAAACCUGCUAAACCAAUUAUAGCAAUCACCCAAUAAAUAAGCUCUAGGAUUGACUGCUUCUUGAUAACCGAAAUGUACUUGAUGAAACAUUAUGUAGUAAUAAGACAUUUUCUUCCUGAACUCAGCAAAAUCCUAUUGCCCUUAAAAUCAAUGUCA